AUGGAUGAGAGGAUCCCACCGCCCCCUUUCUUCCAGUACUCAACAUCCGGUGUCCAUUCCUCCCCUCAUCACCACAAUUCCAUGAGGUAUUCUUCCUCGGACAGGGAGAGAUAUCUUGCUGAAUUACUUGCCGAGAGGCAGAAAUUAGCCCCAUUCAUGCAAGUUCUUCCUUUUUGUAACAGACUUCUGAACCAAGAAAUUUUGCGAGCAUCUUCUUUGACACCUAACCCAAAUUUUGUUGAACCUGAGAGAAUCAAUUAUGGCAGCCCAAGCCCAUUAAGACUAGCUGGUCACCCAAUGAAUGGUCAACCAAUGGAUCUAGACGGUUGGUCAGGAAUGCAAACAGAGUAUCAUGGUGUACUCCAAUCGCCAUCCACGAACUGGAAUGGGACUCCUGAAGCUGUUGGGAGCCCUACUGUGAAAAAGGUUGUUAGGAUGGAUGUUCCUGUUGACAAGUAUCCCAACUACAACUUUGUUGGUCGUUUGUUGGGGCCACGAGGGAACUCCUUGAAAAGAGUUGAAGCUACAACCCAAUGUAGAGUUUAUAUUCGUGGACGGGGUUCAGUGAAAGACUCUGUUAAGGAAGACAAACUCAGAGACAAGCCUGGCUAUGAGCACUUAAAUGAUCCAUUGCAUGUUCUUGUGGAAGCUGAGUUCCCAGCAGAUAUCGUUGAUGCCCGACUAAACCAAGCAGUGGCCAUAUUGGAGGAUCUUCUGAAACCAGUGGAUGAGUCCAUGGACUACUACAAGAAACAACAGCUAAGAGAAUUGGCUAUACUUAAUGGCACUCUAAGGGAGGAAAGCCCAAGCUCCCAUCUUAGUCCCAGUGUGUCCCCCUUCAAUUCCACGGGGAUGAAGCGUGCAAAGACAGGGCGGUGA